AUGUUCAAACAAAAAUUAAGAUCAUCAACCCUUCUCUUUAAAAAACACAAGAAUCAUUUUUCUUUUGUGAGAAGGACGUACCGAAUGAUUAACACAACAACAACAUCGGUUGCAAAUACUGAUCUCUUCAAAGGAGAAAAACAUAGUGAACUUUAUGCGCAGUAUAGACCUGAUUACCCACAAGAACUUUUUGAUUCUAUUCUCAAAGAGGAGUCUGAUGGAAAAUCCAAUGACAGAAAAUUGUGCAUACUUGAUGUAGGAUGUGGUUCUGGACAAGCAACUCUCAAUGAAGUGCUCGGACGGGAUGCAAAAUUAGUAGUUGGAAUUGAUCCAAGUGAAGGGCAAAUCAAACAAGCCAAACAAAAACAAUCUUCAAGUCAAUGUGCUAACAUUUAUCGAUUUUUGGUUGGUAAUGAUGAAAAUCUUAUUGAAACAAUUGAAAAGGAAAACACUGUAAAUCCACUUCUUCCCGGUGAGAACAUAGAAUCAUUUGAAAAUCGGUUUGAUUUGAUUAUUGUUGCCCAAUCACUUCAUUGGUUUAACUUUCCUGUAUUCUUCGAUCAAAUCGAGAAACUUUUAAGCAAAAACGGUCUGUUUGCGGCUUGGACUUACACGCUUAAUACAUUUGAAGGUGAACACGGCGAGCAAGCAACAAGAGUGCUAAAUCAAUUCUAUCAGGAAGUCAUGUGGAAUGGUGGCUACUGGCCAGAAAGAAGAAAGCAUGUAGAUGACAUGUAUCGAACCAUUGAAAACGAAAUGCCAUUUCAACAACACCACAAGAGAACCAUUAUUGAUUAUCGGAAGCAAAUGCCCUUAGCUGCAUACAUUUCGUAUGUGAGCACUUGGUCAGCCAUUGAGCUCUAUGGAAAGAAGAAUGGGAAUGAAGCCAAGCAGCAACUUGUCAACAAUUUCAAAUUGGACUUGAUGAAGGCAUUCCAAAUCGAAUCAGACUCCACUACAAUUCAAAUACUUUGGAACAUUCAUACCAUCAUGACAAGAAAGCCUUGA